AUGCUAUGGAUAUUGUCUGUGCUUCUGGACAUAAUUGUGGCACUUAAGCUGGACUCCAUUGAUCGCUCGGUUUCUAGGGUCAAUAAUACAACAUAUAAGAACCUUGAAGCACUCGUUUCAAAGGACUCGUACUCUCUUGUGAAGACAAAAGAUCUUGGUGAGUUCCAUUCUAAGUCCAAAUGUACAUUGCUUUCCUGCCUUGUAAAGAAAAAAUCCAUUUUUAACGAGGAGCACAUAAACCUGCUGGAGAUCAGAGAAGCAUAUACAGGAUUUAAGACUGGAGACGGGUCUGCAAAGAUAUGGAAGAAAAUAUGGGAGAUCUCGAACGAAGACCCGUUGCUUCCAACCCUGGUGAGUGGUCUCCAGUUUUCUAUACUUACCCAUUUAUCCUCCUUCCACAAGAAGUUCUUCGGAACUUACUUUCCAAACCCUACUCUUUUUGGGAAGAGGUUUCAAGAUAAGCAUCGGCUGAACUUUUACUUGACUUAUCUCCUUGUGAGAAACUGUGUGGGAAGCAUCACCAUUGGCGAACGAGAGAUGGAUGAAGGGCUGUCAAUCAUAACACAGACCAUAAAAUCCCAAGGCUCUACAGACUGGGUCAAGCAAUCUGUCGACCUGGAGAAGACAAUACAGAGAGUUGAGGAAAUGGCUAGACUGCUGAAACACAUAAACUGUGAAAAAUGCCAGCUAUGGGGAACAAUCCAGCUCAAUGGCCUUAGGGCUGCACUAAAGGUGUUUUCUGGAUCUACAAACUUAGAAAGACUUGAGAGAUUUUUCCUUAUUAAUCUCUUUAUGAGGCUCUCUGUCUCUGUGAGGGAAAACAUCAAACUCAGGAGAUAUAGGAUCCCACUCCUUGUAACGGCCUCUCUCUACUGGGUGGAGAUUCUUUCCUUUGUGACCUCUCUCAUGGCAAUCUUCCUGAUGUCGAGAAUCAGAAACAAGUUUAAGAGUAGGAUUGCUCUCAAAAGCUGCAUGUAA